AUGUCGGGAUAUGAUAAAUUCAUGAAGGAGUUGGUUACUAUGAAAAGAAGGGUGGAGUUUGAAACUGUUGAAGUUUCCCAUAAUUGCAAUGAUAUUAUGACAAGCAAUGUUAUUGUCAAGAAAGAUGAUCCGGGGGCAUUCAAUAUUCCAUAUACUACAGGAAUGUUCCAAUUUUCCAAGGUGUUGUGUGACUUAGGAGAAAGAAUAAAUUUAAUGGUGUAUGCUAUUUACAAGCAACUUCGUUUAGGUGAACCUAAAUCAACAACCAUUUUCCUCCUCAUGGUUGACCGAUUAAUUAAACAUCUUAUGGGUAUCUUCUAUAAUAUUUUGGUGAAGGUGGAUAGAUUCAUAUUCCCAACCGAUUUUGUAAUCCUUGAUUGUGAAAUUGAUGCCAAAGUUCCUAUUACUUUGGGUAGGCCAUUCUUGUCUACCGAAAGAGCACUUAUCGAUGUGGAAAGUGGUGAACUGAAUUUCGAGUGA